AUGGCUGCGCUGACGAUACAAAGGACUGACAACUUUUUGCACACAUUUUUACAGGACCGGACGCCCAGCUCCUCUCCAGAGGGAGCCCCUAACGCCCUCUCCUUCCUGGCCACCACCUGUAGCCAGGCCUGGCAGGUGGGAGGUUCCAUGGGCUCAGAAGGUUCCCAGUUCCCCUACGAGGGCACCGUCAGCUCCGCAUCGGGGAUGUUUCAGCUCUGGAGCAACGAAAUGACGCCCAGCUCGGCCCUCAGCACCCACCAGAUGACCUUCACGGUUCCCAAGGUGCAGUUCCCCGGACACAUGCAGUCCGGCCUGGGUCACCACCACCACCAUCAUCAUCACCCGCAUCACCACCACCACCAUGAGCUGCCUCUCACCCCUCCCGCUGAGCCUCCCUCAUCCUACUCAUUCGAACUGUCCCCGGUGAAGGUCCUGUCCUCGCAGCCGCAGGCCAGCGGCCCCUAUUACCCCCAGCACAACAAUGUGGCACAGAACUUCCCCAGCUUCCUCCAGAACUCCUCCGCCCGGCACCACCUGCCCGGGGGACACGUGGAGGAAGGGCAGCAGUGGUGGAGCCUGCCCCAGACCAACGCCACCCCCUCCAGCCACCCCUUCUCCCUGGGCAGGCAGCUGGUGCUGGGCCACCAGCCGCAGAUCGCCGCCCUCCUGCAGGGCAGCUCCAAGGGGCUGCUGAGCUCCACCCGCCGCUGCCGCCGCUGCAAGUGCCCCAACUGCCAGGCCAGCGGGGGGGGGCUGGAGUUCGGCAAGAAGAGGCUGCACAUCUGCCACAUCCCGGAGUGCGGCAAGGUGUACAAGAAGACGUCGCACCUGAAGGCGCACCUGCGCUGGCACGCCGGGGAGAGGCCCUUCAUCUGCAACUGGCUCUUCUGCGGGAAGAGCUUCACCCGGUCCGACGAGCUGCAGCGGCACCUGCGCACGCACACGGGGGAGAAGCGCUUCGGGUGCCAGCAGUGCGGCAAGAGGUUCAUGAGGAGCGACCACCUCUCCAAGCAUGUGAAGACGCACCAGACCAGGAAGAGCCGGUCCGCGCAGCCCCCCGCCCAGAGCACGGACCCCCUGCUCGCCAACAUCAAGAGAGAGUGA